CGGGAUGACGGAAGCAGGCAGACGCCCACAGCCCCAGAGGGGCUGCUGGAAAGUGUGUGGGGCAGCUUUCCCUCACAUCUGCUUAAUCUCCUCCUUGGUUAUCUAUGCAAUGUUGGGGGCUCUAAUUUUUUCCUACGUUGAAGGACAAAGAAACUCAGAAAACAGAGAUUAUGACGAGUUUCUGGAGGAUCUUUGGAAAGUCUCUGAAAAGACAGAGGAAAUGAGGAAAGAGCUAUUCAAGAGUGACAUCAAGGAGCAGCUCUACAGUAUUAAAUUAAAAUGGCUUGCUAAACCCAGCGAGUGGUCUUUCUUGGGAUCCCUGUUUUUCUGCUGCACUGUUUUCACCACAGUGGGUUACGGCCACAUAUACCCUAUAACACGCCUCGGAAAAUACCUCUGUAUGUUCUACGCCCUUUUUGGAAUACCUUUAAUGUUCUUGGUUUUGUCUGACGUCGGAGACACCCUAGCAACCAUCCUUUCCACGACUUAUAGUAAAUUCAGGAAAUUUCACUUCCGGAAACUGUGGUCCAGAUUUCCUUGUACGAAGAGAAGACAGUCGAGGUCUGAUCAGGACUCGCUUUUUGUCGCUAUGAGUAAAUCGAGAAGUGUCUCAGAAGAACCAGCACUUCCAACUUCUGGAAGAAGGCAUUCUCUUCAGUGCCAAAAUGAACCGUUGGAGGCAAGGCAUCAGCAAAGCACACUGCAACUCCCAUUCGGAGCUACAGAAAGAUGUAAUUCGUGUCCUGAGCUGGAUCCCGAAGACAUGGUAUUUCCUACCGUAGGAAACAUUGAUGACAUUGGAAGAGAAAUGGAAAAACUAGACGUCCCCAUCGUACUAAUUGUUCUCAUCGUCUUUGCUUACAUCUCUUGUGCGGCCGCGAUUCUGCCCAUUUGGGAAACAGAACUGAAUUUUGAGGAGGCUUUUUACUUUUGCUUUGUGACGCUGACCACGAUUGGGUUUGGGGAUGUCGUUUUGCAGCAUCCAAAUUUUUUCAUGUUCUUCUCAAUAUACAUUGUCAUCGGGAUGGAAAUUGUGUUCAUUGUUUUUAAACUACUCCAGAACCGACUGGUCAAUUUUUAUAAAAAGACCAUGUCAUUUGUUACAAAAGGGAAAAAAUUCUCACCAUUUUGAAAAGUGAAAGUCAUGCCAUCUGAGACCCUAACAGGUAUUUUGCUUUCCCAAGUUGGUUUUGAUAGGAUAUGAGCUGUAUGUAUAUACAACUUUAUCUUAUUGCCAUCUCCUAUACCAAACCACUGAAAGCUAAUGACUGCCCCAGACCAGCAGGCUUGUAACUUUAUGGGCUGCAACUGGCCUAACAAAAACUCAUUAUUUGACCCUACAGCACAGGUUUUGUAGGGACAAAGUCUCACCACUGACUAAUGCACAACUUAUUUUUCAGUGCCUAGUGGAAAACAAAUAUUUCCAUCACACGUGGUUGUACCAGUCACAGACUGAUGGCAGGUAUAGGUUUAUUUAUUCUAUAUUUGUGGUUUUUUUGGACUUACAUUUGUAGUUACCAGUUAUUUCUGUGUUGUCCUGCUACCUCCUAUUAUAUAAUAAUUAGGGUAUUUGUUAAGCAUGAAACUAAAUAUUAAGCACUGUGCUAGAUCCUAGGGUAGGGAAAAGAUGAGCAGCUUGGACCCAUUACCUUCCUCACAUGGGGCUCACAGUCUAACA